AAUCGUCUCCAUUUUUGAUCGUGCUCGAGUGGAAGUGAAAAAGAUUUACAGAGUGCAUUUUUUUGCUGAAAAAUCCUUCAGAAUUUGUUGAUUUUCUGUAAAAUUUUUAGUUUCUAUUAUUGCUAGUGCUGUGAUAUACAUUUGUAGAUAGUUGGAAUCCCAGAAACAUCGUUUUUGGGGCUAAAUUCUCAAUUUUUCUCUACCUGAAUAUCGCCCUUGUGUCUCGUUUAGCAGCAGUAGAACAAAAAUCCAAUAAUGGGUCGCAAAAAGAAGAAGGCAUCGAAGCCCUGGUGCUGGUACUGCAAUCGAGAAUUCGACGACGAAAAAAUUUUGGUGCAGCACCAAAAAGCAAAGCAUUUCAAAUGUCACAUUUGCCACAAAAAGUUGUACACUGGACCGGGCCUUUCCAUUCACUGUAUGCAGGUGCACAAAGAAUCGAUCGAUAAAGUGCCGAACUCGUUGCCGAACCGGUCCAACAUCGAGAUCGAGAUCUACGGAAUGGAAGGAAUCCCACCGGAGGACAUCCGGGAGCACGAGAAACAGAAAAACGGUGGCGGUGGUAAUCGAUCGGACUCGGACGAUGAUGAACCGGUAGCGAAGAAAACGAAACCGGACGCCAUUUCCCACGGUUUGGUAAUGCCGAACAUGAUGCCGCCUCAUAUGCAGCCGUACGGAAUGAAUCCUAUGAUGGCACAGAUGGGACACAUGCCAUACAUGGUUCCGCCGGGAAUGCAAAUGAUGCCUCCCAUGAUGGGAGGUCACGCGAGGCCUCUGUUUCCGGCGGCUGCCUCCGCUACGACAAUGUCAGCAAACCCUGCAAUCCAAAAGCCUACGUUUCCCGCUUACAGCAGUGCGACGAUCAGCGCCCCGCCAACAACCAACACGGCAAAUGCGGCGAACGCAGCUUCCGGCGAUGCGUCCAAAUCUUCGACUGUGAUACCCGCCACCGGUACAACUUCCAAGAUUGUUCAUCCGCCGGAAGAUCUCAGCCUGGAGGAAAUUCGGGCCCGUAAGCCUCAUUACCACAAAAAGAUUAGCCUAGCGACGCAGCAGCUGCUGCAGCAGAAGCAACAGGAAAAACAGCAACAGCACGCGGCAGCUGCCGUUGCAGCAGCUACGGCAGUUGCCCAGCAGCAACAGCAGCAGGUUCAAGCCCAGCUGAAAGCCUUUUCGUCGGCCGCUGCGGCCAGUGGGACGAACUCGAUUGUCACCAGCCAUCCGGGGAAGGACAGUCGGAUGAUGUCCGCGCACGAGCAAGCAGCCGUGAUAGCGCACGCUCAAGCUGCCGCCGCAAACCACCACCAGAAGCAGAUCGAGGAACUGAAUCGGGCUGCCAUGAUCCAACGGUUUCAGGCAGCGAAUGCAGCAGCCGCUUCCGCUGCAGCAUCCCGAUCCGGCGUACCAAUGGGAAUGGUACCAGUUUCACUAAAUCACCAGAUGCAGCUCAUGCCACCGAUGAUGCGACAGGGGCUAGCUAUUGGUCCUCCAGGAGCAGCGUUGAUAGGCGGAAACAUGCUCCGUCCUGGUCCUCCACAAAUGGGUAUCGGUCCAGGCUUCAUUUGAGUAAAUCUUCCGCCUUUUCUCGCCAAUCUGUAACGAUGAUUGAAGCAAUAGAAGAUACGUUUCCGCUUCAUUGUACAAUGCAAAAUUCAUAAACCCAAAACAAAAAAAGCAAAACGAACGCAUGCACCAAACCUGCCACCACCGCACUACUGCUGUAUCGGCCAGAUUGUGUUUUCCAAUUUAAAUUUUGAAUCAUCCAAUCGGAAACAGCGCAAACUGAAAAACCGAACCGACUCCGAUUUGUCGCCGUCAUGCGGGCUGAUCACGCAGAUUCCAGGCAUGCCAGGUAUGAGCAUGAUGUUCCCGGGGCACCCGAUGCUACCGAUGUUACCGCCCCGCUUCCGGUGAUCAGUUUAUGGCCCGCCACCGCUGAUGCUGCAGGCCGGGCCUG